AUGAGUACAUCAACAGAUCAUAUUUCUGGAGGAUCGGAGAAGAUUUUGUUUGCUGCUUUUAAUCAAGAUUGCAGUUGUGUGAGUGUUGGUACCGAUUGUUCAUAUAAAAUCUUUACAUUGGAUCCGUUGAAGAAAUGCUAUUCCCAACCUGGAGGAAUGAGUCUUGUACAAAUGUUAUAUAGCUCUAGUUUAUUAGCUCUUGUUGGUGCCGGACAUCAAGCAAGUUUAAGUCCUAGAAGACUUCAACUUUUCAACUCGAGUGAGAACAAGGCAAUUUGUGAACUAAACUUUACUAGUACAAUUUUAAAUGUUAAAGUAUCAAAGAGAAGACUUGUAGUUGUACUUCAAGAUAAGAUUCAUAUCUUUGAUAUUUCAUCUAUGAAAAUUCUCAGGACAAUUGAAACAAAAAACAAUUUAGGAUUGUGUGUACUUUCUAGCAUACCUUCAUCUACACCAACAGGAGUCAGUGGAGGAAAGAAUGACGUUAGUUAUAUGGCAUAUCCAUCACCAACAGAGUCCGGAGAUGUUAUUCUCUACGAUGCCAUCAACCCUAAACAAGUCAACUUUAUCAAAGCCCAUAAGAGUGACGUAUCAAUAAUACAAUUCAAUCAAGAUGGUACCAUGCUUGCAACAGCAUCAGGAAAGGGUACUGUGAUUAGAAUUUUCUCAAUUCCAGGAUGUGAACUAUUGCAUACCUUGAGAAGAGGUUCAACAGCAGCUCGUAUUUAUAGUAUUUCAUUUUCUUCAGAUUCUUCAAUGGUUUGUGUUUCAAGUGACAAGGGAACCGUUCACGUUUUUAAAUUGAAUCAAAAUCAAGAAAAGGACGAGUAA